UUUUCUGCUGCUGCUCGUUGUGUUGUUGUGUUGUUUUGGUUAGCUGGAUGUUAGCUGGAUGUUAGCCCAUGCUUUCUGCUGUAGCCGGUUGUAACGGUGAUGGCGCUCCCAUAAAGCGGGGGAGCGGGGCUGUGUUUUCUGACUCAACGCCGAGUGAAGUGCCGUGGCCAUGGCUGGGGUUUUCGACAUCGAUCUGGAUCAACCGGAUGAGAAUGUGUCUGACGACGAACUUGAGGACGGGGGCCAGCUCAAUGAAUACAUGGAGCAGUGCAGUGGCUUUGAAUUUAACAUGGAUGACUGUGAGAAGUUUGAAAUUUCAGAGAACAGCGUGAACAAGGGAACAGAGCAGAUCAGGCCUGAAUGCUUUGAGCUGCUGAAAGUUUUGGGAAAAGGUGGCUAUGGAAAGGUGUUUCAAGUACGGAAGGUCUCAGGUGCCACCUCUGGGAAGAUCUUUGCUAUGAAAGUUUUGAAGAAGGCUAUGAUUGUGCGCAAUGCAAAAGACACAGCGCACACCAAAGCUGAGAGGAACAUUCUGGAGGAGGUGAAGCAUCCUUUCAUUGUGGACCUCAUCUAUGCCUUCCAGACAGGGGGAAAGUUGUACCUUAUCCUGGAGUAUCUGAGCGGUGGGGAGCUGUUUAUGCAACUGGAAAGAGAGGGCAUCUUCAUGGAAGACACAGCAUGCUUCUACCUGGCUGAGAUCUCAAUGGCGCUCGGUCACCUGCACCAGAAAGGCAUCAUCUAUAGAGACCUGAAGCCUGAGAACAUCAUGCUCAACAACAACGGACAUGUGAAGUUGACAGACUUUGGUCUAUGCAAAGAGUCCAUCCAUGACGGAACAGUCACCCACACCUUCUGUGGCACUAUUGAAUACAUGGCUCCAGAGAUCCUAAUGAGGAGUGGACAUAACCGAGCAGUGGACUGGUGGAGUUUGGGAGCUCUCAUGUAUGACAUGCUGACGGGAGCACCUCCAUUCACUGGUGAAAACCGAAAGAAGACAAUUGACAAAAUCCUGAAAUGCAAACUCAGCCUUCCACCUUACCUCACACAAGAAGCCAGGGACCUCCUGAAAAAGCUGCUGAAACGAAAUGCCUCAUUGCGACUCGGGGCUGGACCAGGAGAUGCCGCUGAGGUCCAGGCCCACCCAUUUUUUCGGCAUAUGAAUUGGGAUGACCUCCUCGCUCGCAAAGUAGAGCCCCCAUUUAAACCUUUCCUGCAAUCGGCUGAUGAUGUCAGCCAGUUCGACUCCAAGUUCACCAGCCAGACUCCAGUGGACAGCCCUGAUGACUCCACGCUCAGCGAAAGUGCCAAUCAAGUCUUCCUGGGUUUCACAUAUGUAGCCCCAUCUGUGCUUGAAAAUGUCAAAGAGAAGUUUUCUUUCGAACCAAAGGUCCGCUCACCGCGGAAGUUCCCUGGAAGCCCAAGAACACCUGUGAGUCCGGUAAAGUUUGUAGCAGGGGACUGCUGGCCCCGGGGACCCAUGCUGACCCAUCCAUCCCUGCUGUCUCCCAGCAGCUCUGUGGAUCAGCCCAUGGAGGUGUCUACAGCAGAGCAGAUGGACACGGGCAGCGGCAGCACCUCCGAGGCCUCCGCGCCGCUUCCCAUCAGGCAUCCUUCAGGCAUCAAUGCAGGGCCCUACAAAAAGCAGGCCUACCCCAUGAACUCCAAGCGGCCAGAACAUCUACGAAUGAACCUAUGACGCUCGGCUCGCCUCCAAACAUUAGGACUCUUUCAAUUCCUCCCCCUCUUCCCUUUUUAUUGUUUUCUUUCAAAGAGACUUGUAGAAUCUUUUUUUAAUUGACUGACACUGUCAAUGCUGAUCACCAGCUCUUCCAGCAGCGCCUUCCCUUCUCUUCUCCUGACUCAGCCCGGCCUCCUCAGCCUGAUGCAGAUAAUCAGCAGUUACAGUACAUUAGAUAUGUGGUCAGUCGGAGGAGUGGUGUGAGCGAGGUGCUCUUCAAUGAAAGUUGACUUAAUUGCUGGCUUGGUGAUGCCAACUGAUGAGAGGUGGUUUCGGUGCACUCCACUGGCAUUAUCAUAUGAUUUACUGGUGCUCUUUAAUCGUCAAGUCUGGACAAUGUUACUUUUAGUGUUUACAACUAGUGAGAGAGUCUGGUGGCAAGGGGCAGUCAUUUCUCCCUCAGUAUGCCAGGCUUCUUUUGUUUGUUUGUUUAUUGAUCAUCUUGUGAUGUGUGAAGAACUUUCAGGUUACACUGUCAGUAGGUAAAAUUAUUGGAUAACAGCUCCACAAUGAACACAGACAGUAUCCAUUUUUUAUGUUUUAGGAAAACAAUCACAUUGCCUUUGUCACUGGAGCGUGUGGUCAGGAGUAGUUGGAGCACGACUUACGGAAAAGCAGCUAUAAAAAGAUAGAAGUGAAAUUUUAGCUGAAAGCAUCACUUCCACCACAAUCAAUACCAAAUGCUGGCACUGCUUCACUUGUCCAACUGGAAUGCUUUGUCUAGGUCGGUCCAGAAGCACUGUUUGGUUUCUUUUUUGAAUGUAAACGGACUCUAAAUGCCUUUUUGUGUGUCACUUCAAUCUCCUGUGCUUAGCUCUAAUGACCCCUACAGCAUUACAUUUAAUUCAUCUACUUGUGCAGCCCAAUUUCUUCCGUUGUUGUUGGAGAACAACAUUUUGACCCAAAUAUGCCCAGCCAGAUCGAUAUCUUAUGUGCUUGGAUGGUUUACGUAUGCUUUUUGUGCAUUUACAGUAACAGGGCUAUCAGUGGUAGGGGGGAUAAAGCCAGAAUUGAUGUGAGUGGACCAUCUACUAACUCCGGUUUGAGCUGACAUGUAUGAUUGGUUUGUGUGUGUGAAGCUGCUUUAUGAGCCUCUGGAGUCAAGCCAUUCAAAACUUCUCACCAUAAAACUGACCAUGCAAUUGGAUGCAGAUUCCCAUGAUGCUAACUGAAACUUGAAGGAAUGAAAAUUUGCUCAAGUUUGAAUGGCUCCCUGAUGUGUCUUGUUAUCCAAAUACGAGUGUUUAAUGAAUUGACCAAAAGGACUGUUUCAAUUAACCAAAUGAUUAUUGCUGGUAAAAGUCAUAUUUUAGAUCAUACUGACUUUGUUUUCCACACUGAUGCUCACAGAGCCAUUUUAAUUUGUUUAAUGUGUUUCUGUAAGUUAUUUAGCAAUUGUUUAACUGCUUAGAUCUAGGUUCUAAUAUGGAUCAGUGAGCUGAUUGAUUUUUCUUCUUCUACCAUUCCGGUACAACAAUUGUGUUUAAGACCAGUCACUCCACUUUUUACGCCACUUACUUUCUUUAUUUGUUACAAUAUUUAUUUCAAGUGCCAUUGUGUUUCCACUGCAUUGUUCGCACUAUGCAAACUAUGUAUUUAUUAUGUAGUAUUGUUUAGAUAAGGCAGCAGAAUGUCUAAUCAUUUGAUUUGGAAUUCUUGUCAGAGACUUAUUUUGUCAUGAUAAUAAGCAUGUACAGUAAGAUUUUAUUUCCCUAGAAUUGUCUUACAACAACCUCAGAUGCAGCUUUUUUAUUCCAAAAUUGAGGACAGUUAUCUAACCUUACAGUAUUUAUUGUGUGGCAUAGAAUCAUGAGGGGAAUUUUCACAAAACAUUUUGAUAUCUUAGACUUUCCUUGCUGAAAACUUGAACUUCAGUUUCUUUUUGCAGUGCUUGAAGCAAGGGCAGUUAUUGUGGAAAGAAACUGAUGCAAAAACCAAUGGGAAUGGCAUUGUGCCUUUGCUGACAGAGUGCAGAAUGUAUGCACAGUAUGCUGAACAUUGUGUGUAGAUAAGGCUGGGAUUGAUCUACAAGGUUCACUUCCUGUUACUUCUCUAAAGGCUGUCAAUUUAUUUCAACAAUUCAUUGCGAUAUGAUCAGACUCUCUGUUCUGAGAGGGGUUGGGAAACUAAAGAGGAUUCAUUUGGUUUCUGUUCAGGUAUGCUUGAGAAGUAUCCUUCACAUUGAGAUGGUUGAGAGCAGCCAUCUUAUUAAGCUUACUUCAGGUGGGAAACACCAUCUGUGAGUAGAACUGGUGUUUAAAUCUCUGGUGGGCAUUGAAUAACAUUAUUUCUGUUUGCUUCAUCACCCCUAGAUCUGCCCCCUGCGAUGGGUAAUGUUCAUAUGUAUCAUGUACAUAAUGAAGUCAAAAUAAAGAAAUAAUGGAUCUUG